UUCAGCAUCGCCGUGCGGGCAGACAGUUUGUGGCAAUUCGUGAGCGCACUCUGUCUCCCAAAUUUUCGAACACAGUCAUUUUAGCUCAAUUCUCAACCCGCUCAUCGUCCUCAAUGCGCAGUCUUCUUAGCACAAAAAAAUGACCGCUCACUGACGGCGUAAACUCACCAUAUGAACUCUAAAUGGCACCAUAAUGUCGCCAACUUGAGUUUGUGCAUCAGCAUGUGGUACUUGCUUGUGCCAGCUUGUGCUUGUCUUCAUCCUGUUAAGAUGUUCAGCUCCCUGCAAGUUGUGAAAUUUAGUUAUUUUGUUUCUGAAAGACACUAGAAAUUUGCCAGAUUUGACGGAACUCCAUUGGGACAGCACCCCAGCCAAAUUAUAUUUAUGAGUUGCUAUGUGUAACGUUUUGGGAUAAACUCAGCACGUCAAGACGAUGCAGCUGCAUCCGAUGAAGGAGUCCGGGCCGGACUCCGCUCCCAGAUCAGCGUUGCAGGAGACGAUCGAGAGACACCUGUCCGCCUGCGGGGUGGCGCACGCGUUCCAGUUCCAGGUGUCGUCCUGCGCGCCGCCCUCCGUCUCGCUGUACCCGGCCAAGUCGUAUACCGGCGCGCCGCUAGGCACCUCUUACGAGGUUCACUUUUUUGCAGGGAAAACGCCGUCAGAGAAGCCGCUGCGACGCGCUUCGGUGCGCAUGACGGUGCGCCUGUGCCAGAAGCCGCCGCCUGCUUCCGGGCUGACGCCGCGGAACUCAGUCUUCAAGCAAUUUCUGCUGAGCGGCGGUAAGGUGCACCUGGAAGUAUCGCUGCAGCGCGAGGUGUUCACCCAGACCGACAGCGUCUGCUUCCGCGUGGUGGUCAACAACGGCUGCAAGAGGACCGUACGCAAGAUCAAGGCCGAGGUGGUGCAGGCGGUGGACGUGGCUAUGUUUAAGUCUGGCAAGUUUAAGUCGGUGGUGGCCUUGGUGGAGACGCAGGAUGGUUGCCCGAUUGUCACCGACGCCGCGUACGUCAAGGACUUUUCACUGCAGCCGCGCGUCGGCUCCUUCAAGAACUGGAUCGCGCUAGAGGACAGCCCUGAGAAGGGCGGCCGCCUUUCGCCCUCCGUCGUCGACAGCGACGUCGACUGGAACAGCUUUGCCGUGCAUGUCUCCUAUUACGUGAAGGUGAAGCUGCUGCUCUCCGGCGUCGGCGGCGCCGUGAGCGUGCGCGUGCCCUUCAUCAGCGUCAAUGAGGCGCACAUGCAGGCGGCGCCGGCGCCGGCGGCCGGCGCUGAUGGCGCGCGCUCCCCCGGCUGCGCCGACGGCGUCGACGCCGACCGCGCGUGCGACGUGUCGGCGGACGUGCACGCGCCGCGAACGGAGGCGGCGCCGUCAACCGCCCCGAGCCAGAACAACAACUUUAAACUGGACGAGAGUGGCAAGGUGUCGCGUGUGCAUGGCUCAAAGAGCAGCGAUGUGUAG